AGUUGCACCAACUUAAAUUAAAGCAGUGCGAAGUUCGGUCGCACCCGACCCACCCCACACGGCCGCCGGUAAUUACUGAGCGCCCCCGCCGAACAUUUUUAAACAGUCCCGAUACGUUCCAAUUAAAUUCGACGCCGAUCCGAAAUAAAGGAAGUACAGGUGUUGGGGCCGCCCCGUUAAUUUAUUUCCGGGCGGUAACCGCAACGGCAACCGAUAUAUAAAUUCUCGCAAUUUGUGCAGUAUCAUUUAAACGGGAUUAUAAAGGUUGCGGGGGUCGUAUUUGACCUCUUUCGGGUACCGGAUAACAUCAAUUUGGACUUUCUUAAAUUCGGUCGUCACGUAAGCUCCCCGAUCGUAAAGUACCGUGAGCUACAAUUACCGGUUUAAAUUUUGUGUUGUGUGAUGUGAUUUCGCCGGUUUAAUUAGCGGUGCACACGUAAAAAGCAAAAAAGACACAACAACCAGCUCGAUGACAAAUUUAAGAUCCAUGUCAUGAAAAAUCGAUAAGUUUCUGCCCCAAAUCAAAUGUUUUCACGCUGCUGUCUAGGAUAUCGAUGUUUCUGGCCAAGUCUGUGUUGUCCACUACCGUGUUCUAGACCUUGUUCUCCACAAAGCUGUUGUACGUCAUCAAGAUGUAAGUGUAGGAGUAUAGUAAAGCCUAUUUUGGAACCCUUAACUGGACCUUACGGCGGCUCGGAUGACUCUAAGAAAAAAUCCAAAAAGAAUGGCAAAGGUGGCGGCUCCGGCUCUGGCAAAGGUAAAGGCAAAGGCAAAGGCAAAGGCAAAAAGUCAAAACGAGAUUCGAGCGCAUCCUACGACGAAGACGGGGAUCAAAAAGUGAAAGGCGAUGGAACAGGAGGUGAGGGAAUGUACGACGCAGCCGGCAACUACAUCGGACCUGACGGCUACGGACAGGGAGGCUACGGUGGCAUGGGUGCCGCCGGUUACGGAAUGGGAGGCUACGGCAUGGGAGGCUACGGCGGCAUGGGUGCCGCCGGUUACGGAAUGGGCGGCUACGGCGGCAUGGGACCCGGAGGCUAUGGAAUGGCGGCCUACGCCGCCAUGGGCGCCGGUGGCUUCGGACCCGGAGGCGCCAAGAACCACAUUUGCCUCUGCCCGCAUCCGAAGCCGAAGGCGGUUUGUAAAUGCAAGAACCCGAAGAUCGACCCCAACGCUCAAUCAAACAAACCUUGUUCGUUCACUAACACGGCUCUCGGCACCGCCAACGCGGGGCCGCAGGCAGGCCAAAGAAGGGGGUCGUGGACCGCAGGCCAGCCCAACGCGUCGCUGCCCAGAUGUACUUGCGUCCCGAACAAAGUGGGCACGCAACUGGCGUCCGGUGACGUUAAUAUGGUACUGCCGACGGGGCCCAAGAUGUGCACCUGCGUACCACAACGAGGCGUCCGACAAUAGGUUGUCUAUCGAAAAUUUUAUGUACCCCAAUAUCCUAACAGCAAUACUUACAUUACAAAUAAACUUGCCAGAAGAUUUGUAAUAAUA